AUAGGGUGAAGACCGAUCGAUAGACGCAAGAACAGGCAACUCUUGCUGUUUCGGAGCCCUGCCGCUCUUUCGAUACCUCACUUGUCUGCCCCCUUUUUUUUUUUUCUCCAGCCCGCGACAGUGGCUAGUCCGUGGGACUGGAACUCUGUGUCAGUCGCUUUGACUAGGUGGCACCGAUGGCUGUAAAAAGAGGGCUAACAACAAUGAUACAACAUUCGCCCCUUGGAUGGACUUUUUCUUUUUUGUUUCUUUAACCGUUAGUACUUUCAUGGGGGGGCCAUCACCGCCCGCCCUGCCGCCCCAUUUUGUGCAGUGCGACUUCCCACUCACACCCCCCCCUUCGUCGGGGUGACAGUCUAUUUAGCGCGCGCGCCAGUGAGUGUCAGUGAUGUCAGUGGCAACACUCAUGUCACAAUCUAGAGCUAAGUGUCAGACAACGAGGUAAUUACCUAGACCGAGACGAAGUGUCGCUCAUUUCACUCUACCGUAAUCAGCCAUGGGAUUAAACAGGAAUCACGCCUUUUAUUUUCUUUCCAUGUAUAGAAAGGACGAAGACAGGGGCGUAUCAUGGAAAAUGAUUACCCAGAAGUUGUGAGAUAUUAUCCGAUAAAUGAACUUACGAGUCUCAAAUUUUCUAAGUCGGUGACGCUCAAGGCGCAUUUGUAACUUCAAUGAGCUUAGUAGUUCCGCUCUGGACCUUUUGAGUAUUAAGAUUGACACACUCCCAUCCAGGCACCGACUUUUGGUUAAAUGAACCUCGAUGCAAUAAGAGUGAGGAAAGAGGGCGGCUACAAUAGCCGGACCCCCGUCCUACGGUUAAACAAUUUACUUCGUUCGGCGCGUAUUACAGAAACGGACUUGAUUCUCGCAGUUGGGAUUUCUUCCUACCGAACAGGCUCUGAUGACGGACGUGAAUCGGUUGGCUUAAGUAUGAGCGGCAAUUUUUCGGAUGUUAACUCAACUACAACUGAUUUUGAUCCCGAUGUGGGCUCUUUGUCGGCCGUGGGGCUUGUGCUGAGAGGCAUGGCGAUGGCGGCGAUCAUGGUGGGUGCCAUUUUCGGAAAUGUUCUAGUGAUUAGCAGUGUUCUUCGCUUCGAGAGACUUCGGGGGAUUACGAAUUUCUUUAUUGUGUCUUUAGCAUUUGCUGACCUCUUGGUGGCCAUCUUGGUCAUGCCUUUCAACGCCAGCAUGGAGAUCUCCGGGAAGUGGGUGUUUGGCAGGACUAUGUGCGACAUCUUCAACGCCAACGACGUGCUCUUUAGCACCGCCUCCAUCCUGCACCUCUGCUGCAUCAGCAUCGACAGGUACAUAGCCAUCUUGCACCCGCUGCAGUACGAGACCAAGAUGACACAAUCAAGGGCGCUGUGCAUGCUGGGAGUCACGUGGGUGUCCUCUAUUCUUAUAUCCUACAUUCCGGUCUACUCUCAGCUCUACACCACUGAAGAGAACAUGGAGGCCCUGAUUCAGGACCCUGACUCCUGUCCCUUUAUCGUAAACAAGAUAUACGCCGGCGUCUCUUCCAGCGUGUCUUUCUGGAUACCAUGUCUCAUCAUGGUGUGCCUGUACGCCAGAAUCUUCAUGGAGGCCAGAAAACAGGAGAAAAUGAUACAGACUUCAACGUUAUAUAUGCAUUACUCUGACCUCAGAAACUCCAACGGCGUCCCGCUCGAUGGUGACGCCCAUAGGUCGGAACGAAGAAGAAUGAAACGAGAGCACAAAGCAGCAAAAACUCUUGGGAUAAUCAUGGGCGCCUUCAUCAUGUGUUUCUUACCCUUCUUUACUUGGUACGUGGCGACGACCAUGUGCAGAGCGGUAUGCCCAUAUCCGCCAAUUCUGGGAUCCGUCCUUUUCUGGGUUGGCUAUUUUAACUCUUGCCUUAACCCGAUUAUCUACGCCUACUUUAAUCGGGAGUUUCGAACUGCUUUUAAGAAACUCCUUCGCUUAGAUCGAAUUCCUUGCGACGCAGGAUGCGACCCGACCACCCGGGCCCUCAACACGUCCUACGCAAACCACAACGUGGUCAACCAGGUGAGGGAGCCCUGCAACCAUGCGGUCCGGCUGUCGGACAGUUCACUUCAUCGACCUUGACCCCAGGGUCACGUUAUAGGUUUUGUUGUUUAUUCCUUUUUUUUUACUUCUACCAUUAAAGACUUCUGUAUAUAAAUGGCGUCCUCAUGACAUCUGUACAUACAUACAUUCUUCAUGACAUCUGUACAUACAUAACUUCUUUAUGACACCUGUAUAAAACUGACUACGUAGUCAAUACACGUUUCUGAACUGUACAGCAUAUUUGAACCUUGGAAACCUCAGUAACCCCUGUCUUUAGCUGUUAUGUUUUAAAACCAAAACUUUCUCUAUCCAGUUUGAUAUUUACUGCUCAACGAUUUCGAUCCAUGUAGGAUAUUUGGCCAAGAGGCAGACUACACUUGGAUUCUGCUUGGCUCCCUAUCAAAAGGGGUUCGAGGCUAGACACCCGACUCGCGCAGAGGUGUGAUUACUGAGCGCCUAAAGAUACCCCCUUCCCCCCAUGGGUCAACAAAUGAGAUAGGACCAAAGCGCUCUGAACAUGCUAAAAGACAUUCAGGGCGAUGAACACGUCAUCAAGGCUCAAUCUUGAGUCUAUCUGCUCACGGACUAAACAUUGGAAACAUAUAAACAACACGAUAUCAUAUCCAGAUGUAGUCUGAUUGGUGUGACAUGUGCCAGAAUGAACGAAACACACUUAACUUCUGAGGAUCUUAACACUAAUCAACUAUUUUUUACUACAUUUGUUUAAAACAAAGUCUUUCUGGAAAACCACAUCAGCAAAAAAAAAAAAAAUCAUUUCUGAAUUUCAGUUUCUUAGAUUAUAGAUUUCAUACUAAUUAAAAAUCUAAUUUUGAAAGUAUUAAAUUACUUUAUUUCCCCAAAUAUCGACUUUGUUGAAAUAAGCUUCUAUUUCCAGAUCUCAGUAGGCUGAGAUGUCCAUUGGUUCGAAGACUUUGAACUGCAACUUGUAUUGUUGUCAUCUUUUAUUUAAAAACGAACAUUUAUAAUUAAAGAAAGGGUAUUAAAAGAAAUUUCUAUAAAUCAAAUAAGAACAUAAAACUAAAAUGUUAUUUAACCUUGGUUAGGCCAAUAAUAGAAUAUGCAUCCUCCGUUUGGGACCCCUCAACUCAAGAAAACAUUAAGAAACUGGAACAGACACAAAAUAGAGCAGUGCGAUUCAUAACAAACGAAUAUUCACAUUUGACUAGAGUAACACCUUUAGUAAAAUCACUAAAUUUAGAAAGCCUUCAGGACAGAAGGCUCAAAAGUAAAGUAGCAAUCAUAAAUAAAACACUGAACCAUAAUCUUCAAAUACAAAAACAAAAUUUAAUAAAAUACUCUGAAAGACACAAAGAUAAAGGCACAUUCCUCGUCCCAUAUGCUAGGACAAAUUUGUACAAAUACUCCUUCUUCCCUAGUGCUAUUAGAGCAUGGAAUGGGUUGCCUGAGCUAGCCAGGAAAACCAGUGACUUGGCAGAAUUUAAGUCAUUGGUUAAUAUGCAUGACUAAAUGCAUGAUGCGUAGGACGUAAUCAUCUUCUUUUUUGAAGUAACGUCUGUAUUAUAUAAGAUAAGAUAAGAUAAGAUAGUGUGCAUAUAAAGAUGGAUCUAACAUGUAUUCUUUCCUGUAGUCGAACUAAUUCAUUAUGAUUCAGAAAAUUGCACUCUAAUCUCUGCUCCAAUUACUCGUUCUUUUGUUAUUAUAAAAAAGGUG